AUGAAAUUAUCAAAAACUACACCACCAAUAAUUCAAUCGUUUCCCACGCAUCAAAAUCUUUCUAAAAAUUUGUCUGAUAUGAUUGUAGAAUUAUCAAAAAAAUCGAUUGCCACUCGUGGAAGAUUUACUAUUGGUUUGUCGGGUGGCAGUUUGCCAAAAAUUUUAUCACUAAAGUUAAAAAGUCAUAAAUAUGAUGUUGAAUGGAAUAAGUGGCAAGUGUUUUUCUGUGAUGAAAGUGAGAACGAUAAAACCAAGGAUGCGAAUGAUGGUGAAAUCACCGAAGAUGGAAAAGUAUCAUCUCCCUCUAAAUUUGAUCAACUAAAACAAACAUUAGAAGAUCUUUUGUUGGAAGUAGUUGAUGAUUAUGAGAAGCAAUUAAUUGAUGUAUUUGCCGGGGUCAAUUCAGUAAAAUUUCCUGUAUUCGAUCUACUUUUGUUAGGCAUAGGUCCUGAUGGUCACACCUGUUCAUUAUUUCCAAAUCAUCCACAACUUGACGAAUCUGCUCUUUGGGUAACUUAUAUUUACAAUUCGCCAAAACCUCCGCCUAGACGUAUAACAUUCACUCUGCCUGUUGUUAAUCAUGCACAUAAUGUUGUGUUUGUUGCAACUGGCAAGGGUAAGCAAGAUGUUUUACGUGAUAUAUUAGAAAAUAGUGAUAAUAAAAAUUUACAUUUACCUGCUACUUUUGUAAAAGCUGUUAAUGAAAAUAGUGAUAAUAAAAAUUUACAUUUACCUGCUACUUUUGUAAAACCUGUUAAUGGUAAACUAUAUUGGUUUUUGGAUGAUGAAGAUGUUGCUAAGCUUUAUAUUAGAUGA